AUGUCCGUGGGACUUUCGGAAAAAGGCGACGCCCCAGCGGCACCCUCAAUAAAAGAUAAAGCAAGCGAUAUUUCGAUAGGGGAAUCACCAGGUCAGGGAAGAGGGAACGUGCACUAUGUCGAGAGGACUGAAAAGGACACCCUGCCUGAGUAUGAAGGAGAUGUUAUCCCAGGUUACGACGCCAAUCUCAUGCGAGCGCGAGCAAGUCUUAGUAGCACAGAGGAAAAAAAGCUGCUACGACGAAUAGACUGGCACCUAAUUCCACUCUUAGCGAUCAUGUACAUGGUGAAGAGUGUUGAUUUCACAAAUAUAUCCUGGGGAGUCGUACUCUGCUGUCAUGCAGCGGUAACUAACCGACAGGGUCUCUAUGCGGUUCGCUUUUUCCUAGGUCUCUUUGAGGCCGGCCUGUGGCCUGGCGUUCUUGUGCAGUUAUGCUACUGGUACAGACCGGACGAGAUUGCCCCUCGCAUAGUCCUUGUGACACUUCUUGUUCCCUCUACGGCAUCUUGGCUGUCUGAGAGAGAACAGGCGUUCAUUCAAGCGCGCCUCCCUCGUAACGCUCCAAGAGCUGCGGAAGCCAAUUUCGACCUGCGCGAACUCGUCACAACUCUGAAUAACAAGAGAAUCUGGCUCUUCCUCCUCUGCUGGGCUUUCUUCACCGUCGGCACUACGGGACUUACAUUUUACCAACCAACCGUCAUAGCAAACCUUGGGUUUACCUCUAUCGGCCAAGCCCAACUGCUCAACAUUCCUUCCGCGGUUUUCGCAGUACUUUUGACGGUCGUGUUUGGCAUAUUGGCCGACAGGGGAAGGAUUCCUCAGCCCGCUAUUCCCCUCGCUUUCAUGAUUGUCAUCGAGGUGUGUUAUGGCGUGCUCUACGCCUUUCCGAAUACCGGCGGCGUGUACGCGGCAACCAUUAUCGCCGGGGGGUUCUCAACUGCAUGGUACGUGAUGAUGUGGCCCUGGCGCGUGCAGACCACUGAGGGUGCUACGGGGUCUGCCUUCGCCAUCGCCUUUGCAAAUAGCUACGGUCAAAUUGGAGGGGCCGUGGGGUCUCAACUGUUUAAUUCUCGGUACGCGCCACGAUACACAACGUCUUUUGGGAUUGCGAUGGGGUUCGUGGGGAUGGCCAUCAUUAUGAACCUUAUUACUUGGGGAUUUACGUGGAAGGUCGACGUUGAUACGAGGAAGCUCAAGAGAAUCCGGCUUGCAGCGGCGAAGCAGAAUCAAGCGGUGUUGGACGAUGUGGAUAUACACGUUGGGGAGAAGCGGCAAUUCAACAUAUACGCGUAUGUUGGGAACAACCGACAUCCGGACGUGUUGGUGACCAGCCACAUCGACACUGUGCCGCCCUUCAUUCCUUACUCGCUUCAUGCACCAGCCUCGGACACAGAGUUCUUCAAUCGUACCGACCUCGUAAUUGCUGGCCGUGGUACGGUGGAUGCCAAAGCGAGUGUUGCGGCGAUUGUGUUUGCUGCCCUAGAAAUACUCGCGGAAAAUCCCAACGCGUCGAUCGGGUUGUUAUUCGAUGUCGGCGAGGAAAAUAGCGCCGUAGGAAUGAAACAUUUCUCCAACUCUGAACUCAAUCCGACGCCUCCGACAUACCGUGCGGUUAUAUUCGGAGAGCCAACAGAGCUCAGCCUCGUCGCGGCACAUAAAGGAAGUCUAGGAUUCAAACUGGUCGCGGAGGGCAAAGCGGCUCACUCGGGAUACCCCUGGCUGGGGCACAGUGCGAUCUCAGCGCUCGUUCCUGUUCUCAUUCAUCUUGACACCCUGCAGGAUCUUCCGCCCGAGAAAGGCGGUCUUCUUCGCAGUGAGACCUUGGGAAAGUCGACCUUGAACAUUGGCCUGGUUCAUGGUGGAGUUGCCGCCAACGUUGUCCCAGCGCAUGCUGACGCAGCGAUUAGCGUUCGCCUUGCAGCGGGAACUCCAGAGGACACGAGAGAGAUCAUCGAGAAAGCUGUGACAGGCAUUACUGGAGACGACAGAAGUGUUUAUCUUGAUUUUGGUGAUCGCAGCACCGGCGCUGUGCCACAGUACUUCGAUGCGGAUGUGGACGGUUUUCCAGUGAUCACCGUGAAUUACGGAACCGAUGCCCCCGCACUGGAGAUCCAUGACGAGGGGACUCGAAAGGUCAAGCGAUAUCUGUAUGGACCUGGAAGUAUUCUUGUUGCUCAUGCCGAUAAUGAGGCAAUCACGGUCGGCGAACUGGAAGAGGCGGUGCGGGGAUACAAAAGACUCAUCGCGGCUUCUCUCUAG